AUGGAACCUUCAACUCCUCACAAAUGCGAUGACAAUACAGAGAAUGUUGCCUCACAAGAAGUUAUUGAAUCCUCGGAGGCUAGCGUUUCGAAAGAAGCAGAAACUCCGACAUUAACUUCCUCUAGUUCGCAACGUCGAGGAUUCUUCAGUAUGCUAAGAAAAGGUCCUAAAUUACCCCAACACAUAUCUUCAUUCGGAAGAAUGUCACAAAAAAAGAACCGAAACUCUGCAAUAAACGCGACUGCUGCCAUCGAUGAUUCAACUCUGGAUGCAGAGAACUUGUAUUGCUUCAAAUCGUCGUGGAAAAAUUUCUCACUUUCGGAUCUUGAAUUGGCAACCAAUAAUUUCUCUGCAGAAAAUUUAAUUGGAGAAGGAGGUUAUUCAGAAGUUUACAAAGGGAAUCUUAAAGAUGGUCAUCUUGUUGCGAUUAAACGAUUGAUGAGAGGAAAUCCAGAAGAGAUGACGUCUGAUUUCUUAUCGGAACUUGGGAUUUUAGUUCAUGUAAAUCAUCCUAAUAUUGCUAAUGUUAUUGGAUAUGGAGUUGAGGGUGGGAUGUACCUUGUUCUUCAUUUGUCACAUAAUGGGAGUUUGUCGUCCAUUCUAACAGGUUCUAGGGAGAAUCUGAAAUGGAAGAUAAGAUAUACAAUUGCAGUUGGAAUAGCUGAGGGCCUUGCAUAUCUUCAUGAAGGAUGUCAACGUAGAAUUAUUCAUAGGGAUAUCAAGGCUGCUAAUAUUCUCCUUUCAGAGAAUUUUGAUGCAAAGAUAUCUGAUUUCGGGUUGGCAAAGUGGCUUCCACAGCAAUGGACUCAUCUUACCGUGUCCCAAUUUGAAGGGACAUUUGGAUAUCUUCCCCCGGAGUUUUUCUUGCAUGGAACUGUUGAUGAGAAGACUGACGUGUACGCGUAUGGGGUACUAUUAUUGGAAAUUAUCACGGGGCGAUUAGCUUUAGAUAAGUCGCAGAAGAGUCUCGUUAUGUGGGUAAGUUUUUGUUUUGUUUUAUUUUGUUUGUAUUGAAAAAAAAAAUAGGAAUUUUUUAGGGUAUGGUGUUCAUUCGGUUUGGAUGUACGCAGUCUAGAAGUUUGGUGGCGGAAAAGAAAUAUAGCGAGUUAAUUGACCCGACUCUUGACAAUGAUUAUGAAAUCGAGCAAUUGAGUAAAAUGGUGACGGUUGUUUCAAUGUGCUUAGAUCCGAGCUCGUGUGAACGGCCUCAAAUGAGCAAGGCAUGUUUAUUAACCCUAGUUUUUUUCGAAAAAAAUUAAAAUUUUAUUUCUUGAAAUGUAAUUGGAAUGAUGUAACAGGUGGCUCAAAUGUUGAAAGGAGAAGAAGAAAACAACAAUUUGAAUUUGGAUAAGGCUAAGAAAUUCCAAAGAGUACGGGU